GGGAAAACCAGAGAGGGCAGGAGAAAAAGAGAAAAGGAAAGGGCGGGAGGGUUUUGAUUUUUAACCCGUUUAAUCAGAACUUUUUCCCUUGCCCUCUCCUCUCUCUCCCCAAGAUGGACAGCCACGUGGGGCUCACCACCGCCACCGCUGGCCCCGCCCCGAACUCUCCGCCGCGUGAUCUUCUUGAUUUCAUUCCCGUCGGAUCCCCAGAGGAGGAGAUUACAUCGCCGCCGUCCGAAGAGGAUCACGACCACGAUCACGAUCACGACCAUGACCACGACCACGACCACGAGCACGGUCAAGAUCAGGAUCAGAAUCAGAGUCACGACAACUCGUCGGCGACUGGUGUCCUUACUGAUGAUCUUAAAAACAAGAUCAUUAAGCAGGUGGAAUAUUAUUUUAGCGAUGUCAAUUUGCCGACGGAUAAGUAUAUGAUGAGUUUGAUCAAGAAAAACAAAGAAGGUUUUGUUCCUAUUUCGGUUAUUGCUUCUUUUAGGAAAAUGAAAAAACUCACCAGAAAUUAUCCAUCAAUAAUUACUGCACUCAAAGAGUCUUCCCUACUUGUUGUGAGUUCUGAUGAGAAGAAGGUUAAGCGCAAAACUCCUCUUCCAGUCAUUGAGGUCAGGGAUCCAAAGUUACUUACUGUUUUGGUAGAAAAUCUUCCAGAGGAUCAUUCAGUGGAAAACAUUAGGAGGAUAUUUGGUGAUGUUGGACACAUAAAGAACAUAUCCAUUUAUGAUCCUCAUGCUGUGGAAGAAUCAAAGAAAAAGGGUAGGGCAGAUAUUUUGAUCAGUAGUAAGUUACAUGCUCUGGUAGAGUAUGAGACUGUCGAGGCUGCUGAAAAAGCUGUGACUACUUUGAAUGAUGAACAGGACUGGAGAAAUGGCAUGCGGGUUAAGCUUGUUAAGCGAGUGAGCAAGUAUGGACAGCGAAGGCAAGCUUGGAGGGGAUCUGAUCCUGAAAAGAACAGCACUGGUCGAGCAUCUGAUCAAACAGGAGAUGAGGAGAAUAAUACAUCAAACGAGCAUCAUGAAGAUAUACCUGAUGAGGAGGAUGGGGAGCAUUUGUCCAAGGAUAAGAAUGGACAUCGAUAUAGAAAUAGAGGACGUGCAAGGAAACAGAAACAUCGUGGUACCAAUGGACUAGGCCAUGGAUCUACAUCUGCUCAUGCCAUUGAACCAUCAAAGCCACCCCCUGGCCCAAGAAUGCCUGAUGGAACCAGGGGAUUCACAAUGGGACGUGGACGACCUCUUGAUUCUAAGCAGAGCUAAGUUAAUUUAUGUCUGCGUUUGGUGUAAUCUUUGCAUUUUGUGCUGUUUAUUGUGCAUUGUACAGAUGUGGGAGUUGGAAGCGGGUUUUCCAACUUGCUUUUUAAGUUUGAAGGGAGAAGUGUAAAAUCCGGUGGAUAUGGUGUUAGUUUUAUCUUUUGAAACUGGCAUUACAACGAUGUAUUAUGCUUAUACAAAUUCUAUUUGGUAGUUGAAAUGUUUGCUUCUGACAA